CACAUCACGAAAGAUCUCACGGUUUCCGAGGCGCGAAGCAGGCGACACUCUCACUACGACGGCGAAGUCCCAGGUCUGUUGUCGUAUCGACAAGACAGUGCUCGUUGCGGCCCAAUGGCCCCAGCUUCCGACCAGAAGUUCAACCGCGCCUACAAGGCUUGCAAGAGGUGUCGGGCUCGAAAGACGCGAUGCGACAUCACUGCUGAGCAGUACGCAGCCGGCCAGCAAUGCGCGAGGUGUCGGCGACAGAUGGUCAAAUGCGUGUUCCCAACCCAACGCAAUGCUGCUACUCCAACGAGCCAAAGAUCGCAAUCAACGCGUGCGGACGAUGAAGAAGCCCACACGCAGAUUCAAGCGUCAAACAGCCCUGGCCCGCGAAUGCUCACCUCACCAACUGCUCCUGACAGAAUCGCAUCGUGGCAGGAGACGCCUCAACCAACGCAAUGCUCCGGGAACCAUCAGCAACACGACAUGCCGCAUGUGAGCGGAGGCUCCGGGUUGCCAAUGGCACAUGAGGUUGAGCCUGUUUUCAACAAUCGCGGCCAUGAGCAGCCUUCCCAUAUUCCCGAUUCGAUGAUGAGAACUGUUGUAUCCAACGAUAAGGAUGCAUUGGAUCUCUUGUUCCAAGCGGCCCAGCGCGAAGGCGAUGUUCAGGAGGCUGCAUACCAGAACUCCAUGUUGGGAGAUCCACGGGACGUCAGUAAUCGGAAUCCUACGGUGGCGCAAGGAUCCGGCUUGUCUGCUGGCCCAGGUUCUGUCCCAACUCCUUUAUCUCCAGCUCAUUCCUUGCUAUACGGCUCGCAUGCGUAUUCCUGCACCAUGUCAACCAACCUCUCAAAAGAUCUUGUGGAGACUUGGGAGUCAUACAGGUUUGUCCGGAUGGGGUGGUUCUCAGCACAGGAGGCUGUUACGUAUGUCGACUUGUUCUUCCAGAAUAUGGCUAUGCAAACACCCGUCCUGGACGACUUCUACUUGCAUCAUCGCAACCACUACUGGCUCCUGGUGCGAGAGCCACUCUUAUGCGCGACAAUACUUCUCAUAUCGACUAGAUACCAUGUUCUCCCGAUUCCUGGGGGCGAGUCGCGCGGUUUCCUCGCGCACCAGCGGCUCUGGGAUCACUGCGAGCAUCUUCUUCGCCGCAUUCUUCUGGGGCAGGAAAAGGCAUCGAAAGCAAAGACGCGCACUUUUGGAUCGAUCGAAGCUAUUCUCCUCCUUACGCAAUGGCAGCCCCGCAACUUGCACUGUCCACCUGCGGCAGAUGGUUGGGACUCGGAUAUUCUGUUUACGGCCAAGGACGAACGGGACAACAACCAAGACUUGGUGAACAGCCCAUCGCGUGCAAGGUGGCUGGAGGACGUCGUGAGCCCAGCCAAGCGCUUUGAUCGCAUGUCCUGGAUGAUGAUCGGCGUUGCGGCAACGUUAGCCAACGAACUUGGCGUAUUUGAUGUCGACGAUGCCGCCAAAGAUAACGAGAACACAAAGUCAGAGUACGAGAAAAGGCUCCAGCAUCGGCGUGUACCACUGGCCACGAUGCUACACAUAUACCAGGAGCAGUUUGCGACCAGACUUGGGCGCAAGUCCAUGAUGUCUGAACACAUUGUCCACAGUGUAACUGCGUCCGUGUCACCUCAACGCGGCGUCUCUAGCGGCCCAGAAUCGGGCUGGGGCUCAGUUUUGUUGGGGUGGACGGAGCUGACAAGACUAAUGAGAUCCAUAUCGGACAUGCUUUUCCCCUCGGCCGUAAUCACUAAGCAUCUCCUGCAAAGCGGUCGCUACAUCAGCAUGAUUGAGCAUUUCGUGUCACUCAUUUCACUCUGGGAGAAAAAGUAUGCCAACUUUAGCAGUGUCCCUCGUCAGAUAUCGGAUGUGCUUGCGAUUGAGCUACAGCAUGUCAAAGUCUUGGCCAAUUCUCUUGGUCUGCAAGCUAUUGUGGAAAGACGGCUGGCAAGUCCUGUGGCGGACCAAACCCAAGACUCUAUCGAACUUAGUCUGACAGACUAUGGGUUUCUUACGAUCGUUGUCGAUGGAUGCUUGCGCACACUCGAGAUUGCCAUUGACAUGCACCAGCGCAACGCUUUGCGGUUUGCUCCCGCAUCGACAUUUGUGCGUAUCACGACGGCUUCCGUAUUUCUGCUGAAAGGACUGGGUCUUGGUGUCAAUGUCACCAAGCUGGUCUCUUCUCUAGAGAUUCUUUCGCGGGCCGUCGCAGCGUUGCGCGUCAGUAGGCCAGACGAUUUGCAUCUUGGGGCACGGUACGCGUCCCUGUUAGAGGUACACGUGGAGCGCCUACGUUCAAGCUUCGUACCAGCGGCGCGCCCCCCUGAAUUUGUCACCAGGCAUAACGGCAUGCCCCACGACACGCAACAGGGGUUCAUUGACUUGCCGCAGGACUUUGGGCCAUCGAAUUUGGGAGGAGAUAGCGGCGUGUUUGAUGACAGCUGGCUCGCUUUGCCUUUCGAUUCAUCGUUGCUUCCCUUCAUUCCUGAUGAGUGUCAGGACUUUCAGGGCCUAGGAGACCACUCACUAGACUUUAUCUGGAAUCUCGGUACGGAGUAGCUGAAUCCAAAGACGGUUAGAGAAAUCAAGAUUGGCUCGUACGGUCGUCCCCCAACAUCCGACACUUUCCAGCCGACAGUAAUAGCGCGGUUCGGCAUUUCAGCCCAGAGACCCAGGAAACCC